GCAGCAGAGAGCAGUGAAAACAAGCUUUAGUAAGCAGCCGCCAGGGCAGAAAGAGCUCCUGGGCGAUUCACGCGGCUUUCCCAGGCCGGCUUUCUGAGCCGCUGGAACGGAAAAGCGGGAGAGGCCAUCGCUCCCGAGCCCGGCGUCCAGAAGCUCACCUUCCGCCCAGCGCGGAGAGAACGCGCAGGGCACCCACGCCCGGUCUCCGCGCUCUCUUGGGCUCGGCUGACCCCCGGGCGGCUGAUCGUGAUGCACGCGCACGCUCCCCGCCGGGUGGUCCGGGGGCCUCGGAGCACCUGGCUGCUGGGUGGCCUCUGGGUCUGGGCGCUGUGCGGCCUGUGCGGCCUGGGGACAGCAAGCUCACCGGGGACCCCUCAGCCUUGUCAGGCGCCCCAGCAGUGGGAGGGACGCCAGGUUCUGUACCAGCAGAGCAGCGGGCACAACAGCCGCGCCCUGCUGUCCUACGAUGGGCUCAACCAGCGCGUGCGGGUGCUGGACGAGAGGAAGGCGCUGAUCCCCUGCAAGAGAUUGUUUGAAUACAUUUUGCUCUAUAAGGAUGGAGUGAUGUUUCAGAUUGAACAAGCCACCAAACAGUGUGCAAAGAUCUCCUUGACAGAACCCUGGGAUCCUCUUGACAUUCCCCAGAAUUCUACCUUUGAAGAUCAGUACUCCAUUGGGGGGCCACAGGAGCAGAUCACAGUCCAGGAGUGGUCUGACAGAAAGACGGCCAGAUCCUAUGAAACCUGGAUCGGCGUUUACACAGCCAAGGAUUGUUAUCCUGUCCAGGAGACUUUCAUCAGGAAUUACACUGUGGUCCUGUCCACUCGGUUUUUUGAUGUGCAGCUAGGAAUUAAGGACCCCUCUGUGUUCAUCCCACCGAGUACGUGCCAGACAGCACAGCCAGAGAAGAUGAGGGAGGACUGCUCCUGGUGAACUCACUGGGACAGAAGCAACCAACCUCGGACCUUAGUGAGUCUGUCUGGAGAUGGAUUAGAGACUGGUUUGGAUGCAACUCUUCAAUGGAAAUAGAUCAUUUUAGGAGGAUAAACACAGACGUGGGGUUUCUUGUACAUCUGAUGCCAAUUGCUCAGCUCCAUUUUCGGUGGAGAACUCGUGUUAGCCUCAACUGCCUGACGACACUUUGCACACUUCUGGGGCCAUCUGGGGCCGCUCUUUCUCUGUGCAGGUGUGUAGUCCAUGCAGUAGAGAAGGAAGGGAUGGGAGUGGGUACAAGGAGUUUGCCUCUGCAGGGAUGAAUGCUUUAUUACUGCUACGAAGAACUGAAGAUGAUAAUAACGUAUAGAAUGAUUUAGUUCAAUUCUCUCCUUAUAAAGGAAGUCCCUUGCUUGCACCAGAAUAGCAACAGUUCCCGCUGACCCCACCCCUACCAGAGUUGUACCAGAAUGGCAACAGUUCCCGCUGACCCCACCCCUACCUCUGGCUACUGCAAAAUGAUCCUUUAAGAUUCUUUCCAGACUUGAAUUCUGUGGCAUGACCCAAUGAAUGUAGAUGCGCUGUAAGGAAGCAGAAGUUUAUAAUAGGGAGUAAUGAUUGCUCUGAAAGGAAAAGCAAGCUUUACGCAGGAGGCCUAGGCAAUCUUAGUAUUCCCACAUGAGAUGAAGUGAGAGCCGGGUGGGCUGCUUUGCUAGAGUACUGAUUAGUGAGAUGAAGCUUCGUAUAUUUUCUAGUGGGAGACAGGCUCCUAAAACAGCACUGAGCUGGGAGGCCCCCGAAGUCGGGACUAGAAUUCUCUUUUACGCUUAACUCCUUUAAGUACUAAAUGCACUAUGCCUGUUCUUGCCUUGACUCUCCUGGAACUCUGUUUCACUAAAGCUGUGUCAGUAUGACCUCUGCUCAUGCUUCUAAGGUCAGCUCACAUGUGACCUGUACAAGCUGCUCCCACGCCUGCAUUCAUUGCACCUUGCAGUUUGGCAUGCCUUGCUCACAAUAUUCAUUAUGCUGUGUGAGAAUUUCCUGAUGACUGGAAACUGCUCUCCACUAUCCUGCCUAAGAGCUCCUUGAGUACGGGUACCAUGUUCUUUCUGUUUACUUUAAUAUCUCCAGCACCAAGCAAGUGCCUGGCACGUAGUCAGUGCCUUCAGCGUUUGUAGAGGAGCUCACCAGCUGUUGGUGCUCCGCUUCCUCAUCUGUUAAUCAGGGUUGGGUCCUCUGAUUGCUAGGAAGACUUAUUAUUCGAGAUUCUUCUAUCACUGUGUUUCAUUUGGCCAUGUAUCAUCUUUAGUUAUCAAGAGGAAUGUGUGACGCUUGCUUUAUGCUGAAAACAAUCUACAUUGUAAUUUAUUAUACACUUAAACAAGUUUAAUGACAUCUAACAAACUGUUCUUUCAUGUGUUCGUUUCUGUAAUAAAUAUGGAUGAACUCAAUUAUAAGGAAGUGAAAACUCUUCUGUAAUUAGUAAAUAAAAUACUUCCCAUAAUAAAAACCAGACUGGUUAUCCUCUCUU